UCGAAAUGGAAACGUGGAAACAAUGCCGAAAACAAAUUAUAUCGAAAAUUUUGCCAUUCACAUCAUUCAGUUUACCCAGUGAAUAUUGCUCAUCACAACCGGAUGCUUGCUUUACACCGAUGGAACAUAUUGAUCUUUCAUCGCUUACGCUGCGGUCACAGGAACAACAUUUGGUAAAGGAUCUCUUUCUCGUUUACAUGGCUUAUCAAGGAAACAGCAUACGAUUUAUCAAAGAGGGUGAUACCGUAACAUGGACGGUGAAUCCAAGUUCAGAUACCUGUUUGCGUAGCGCGCUGUAUACUGAUGCAUGUCUCCCUCUUGCUGCUACACUGAUUCAACUUCGACAUAAUAUCAAAAAUAUAUGUUGUGAGUUAUCGCGUGGUCGGGUAGCACUUGCUGUUGGAUCUGCUGCUGAAGAAUUCUUCAAUUCGGAAAUAAUGCCUUUAUUGGUUAAGCUGGAGCUCGAGAACCGAAACGAUCAGAGAUCACUGACUCUUGCAGAAGUUGCUACAUACAUGCGUCCAUAUAUGCAAAUAACGAAACAGCUGAAUGACGUGCUUGCAACCAUAAUUAAGGAAGAUCUUGUGGGCGGCGAAGUGCUAUCAAUGCUAUCAGAACAAAUACGAAAAUGUGUAUCACCGACAACACGUGAUGUGCUGCAAAAAUUUGAAGUAGCUGGAUUGGAACAAUAUUUCGAACUACUGUUUUGGUGGAUACGCUAUGGGAAAAUUCAAGAUUACUGUCAUGACUUUAUGAUUUGGGAUCUUAAGAGUUCGAAAAUGUUUGCAAAAUCGGACAUCGUACCUGGAGAUGACAUCUUUAGUGAUGGUUCAAACAAUCUUGACGAUCGAUUUUGUGUUGUGAAAGCUUUAUGUCCAUCGCAACUACAACCUGCGUUUGAAGAUAUUAUAAAAUGUGGCACAUAUCUGAACAUUGUUGAUAUGAUCAAAGGUGAAACUACAGCAUUCGAUGACGAACGGAUUGGCGAAGAAGAAGAGCUGGAAGAAUGGAAACGAAAAAGUGUUGAUGACGUUGUACGUGAGGUAAAGAAAGCUCGGCUAAAAGCAAGUAAAGAUUUAGUUCAGAUUUUGCGUAAGCAGUUCGGUUUGGAUGAGUACUUCGAGUCAUUUCAUAACUUUCUUCUCAUACAAUGCUCAGACUGGCUAGUUUCAUUCCAUGAAUUAUCUCGCGAUAUGCUAAUUAGUUCUGUUCGAGAUAUAUCAGUAAAGAAAUUGCAAAUAUUAUUCGAGGAAGCUGUAGACUGCUCGACCUUACAUUUCGACAAACACCGGCACAUAUUUAGACCUAUUUUGGAGAAGUUUGAUGUAUUCACAUCAUUGCUGCUAAUCAGUAGAGGAAAUAAAUGGAAAAGACUAAUCAAUGGAGAAAAUGAGCAAAUGAACAAAUUACGGAUGGAUUUCGAAACAACCGAAAGUAAAAAUGGGCAGGAUGCAUUGGCAAUCCAUAUUAAUGUCGAUUCACCGUUAUCGCUUGUUUUCCCACCACAGAUACUGCUUCAUUACAAUCUCCUUUUUCGGAUAUUUUUUUACCUUUUCAAUGCAACCACUCAAAUUUUCAACAAACAGAUGCGUAGUGAUUUAUUAACGCUUAGUGAUAGGCGUUUGCUAGAAGAAAUGCUACAUUUUCUGAAUGCCUAUAAUUUACAUUGCUUAAUAUAUGUUGUACCUCGUUUAUGGAGUAUUUUUAUUGACAAAUUAUCGAAAUCUGCAAGCCUUGAAGAAAUAUUGUCAUUCCAAAAUUCGUUUCUUGCCGAUACGAUGGCUCAGUGUUUUUUACCGGAUCCGAUUUUCAUGGAUUUGCUUUCGAAUUUGGUUGCCAUUAUCCAUGGUUUUACGGCCGGAGAAAUUGUACAUUUCAUUUUCGCAAGCAGUUACUUUAUAUCAUUAGACAGAUCGCAUCUCGACUAG